CAAAUAAAUUAAACAUAAAACAAGUUAACUUAACAAUUAAAAAAUGUAUUUGAUAGUAGGAAAUAUAAUAACACGAGUUAUAAACAGCGCAAGUGGACACAGUCAAGGCUUAUCUGACUCGGGCCUGUCUUACAUUCGCUGCUUCUGCUGUCAGUCUCGAACUCUCAAAUCUGUCCUGACAACUUUUGUAUAUUAGCUUCCUACUGUACAAAUGUUCGAUUGUGGGCCCAAGUCCAAGUCCGAUUAUCUUGGUGGCCAGCGGGAGAGGUUUGUGAGGCUGGAUGAAUUGGAUUCCCGAUCAUCAUCACCAUCUGCUGCAAUUGAAAUGAAUAAAUGUGGGUUUAGCAUUGAGGGCUUGGGUCGUCCCAGCCAUGCAACUAAUGACCCAUCUAAAUCAUAUAAGCAAGGAAUGCAGAAAGGAUCCGAAGGACUGAUGUCUAUUGGCCGUUCUCUUGGAUUCGGUGUUUCUCGAGCAGUGUUUCCGGAAGAUCUUAAAGUCUCAGAGAAGAAGAUAUUUGACCCCCAAGAUAAAUUCCUUUUAUCAUGGAAUAAGUUCUUUGUCAUUUCAUGUAUCAUAGCGGUCUCUAUAGAUCCAUUGUUCUUCUAUCUUCCAGUUUAUAGCAGAGUGCCAAAAUGUUUGGGGAUUGAUAGGAAGCUAGCUAUCGUUGCUACAACACUUCGUACUGUUGUUGACGUAUUCUAUCUUAUUCACAUGGCCCUUCAGUUCCGAACAGCCUAUAUAGCUCCAUCAUCUAGGGUCUUCGGACGAGGGGAACUUGUGAUAGAUUCUGCAAAAAUAGCCAAGCGGUACUUGCUGAGCCAUUUUAUCAUCGAUUUUCUGGCAGUGCUUCCCAUACCACAGAUAGUUGUGUGGAGAUUUCUGCAGAACUCAAAUGGUUCUGAUGUAUCGGCUACAAAGCAAGCCUUACUGGUUAUCGUCUUGCUCCAGUAUAUACCUAGGUUGCUGCGUUUCAUACCGUUAACUUCAGAACUUAAAAGGACUGAGGGUGUGUUUGCUGAAACAGCAUGGGCUGGUGCUGUGUACUAUCUGCUAUUGUACAUGCUCGCCAGUCAUAUCGUUGGAGCUUUUUGGUAUUGGUUAUCGGUAGACCGUUAUAAUACAUGCUGGGAUAAAGCUUGUAGAAGUAGUAAAGGCUGCAUAACAGAUUUCCUGUAUUGUGGCAAUGAAAAUUUGAGUGGUUAUGAUGGCUGGAAAAGUGUCAGUGAUUCUGUUCUAGAUUUAAAGUGCGGAGUGGAUGGUGAAAAAAACCCAUUUGAUUUUGGGAUAUUCAAGCAGGCUUUAUCAUCUGGUAUCGUUUAUUCCAGGAAGUUCAUCUCCAAGUACUGUUAUUGUUUGUGGUGGGGGUUGCAAAAUUUAAGUACACUUGGACAGGGACUUCAAACAAGCACUUUCCCAGGAGAAUCCAUAUUUUCCAUUGCACUAGCCAUUUUUGGUCUAAUUCUCUUUGCACUGUUGAUUGGCAACAUGCAGACAUACCUUCAGUCGCUAACAAUUCGGCUGGAGGAGAUGAGGGUUAAAAGGCGUGACUCAGAGCAGUGGAUGCAUCACCGUUUGCUUCCGCCAGAUCUCCGGGAACGUGUUAGACGCUAUGACCAAUACAAGUGGUUAGAAACACGUGGAGUUGAUGAAGAGAAUAUAGUUCACGGUCUUCCGAAGGAUCUCAGAAGAGACAUAAAGCGGCAUCUUUGUCUAGCUUUAGUGAAGAGGGUUCCUCUAUUUGAAAAGAUGGAUGAGAGGUUACUUGAUGCAAUUUGUGAGCGGCUGAAACCAUGUCUGUAUACCGAAAAUACUUACAUAGUUCGAGAAGGAGAUCCAGUUGAUGAGAUGCUCUUCAUCAUACGUGGGCGCCUUAAAAGUGUAACCACUGAUGGUGGAAGAAGUGGGUUUUUCAAUGAGAGUUUGCUGAAAGAAGGGGACUUUUGCGGAGAAGAGCUUCUAACAUGGGCACUUGACCCAAAAUCUGGUGUCAACCUACCCUCAUCUACUCGUACAGUAAGGGCAUUGACAGAGGUGGAAGCUUUUGCUCUAACAGCCGAAGAGUUAAAAUUUGUUGCCAGUCAGUUCAGGCGUCUUCACAGCAGACAGGUUCAACACACUUUCCGCUUCUACUCACAGCAGUGGAGAACCUGGGCUGCUUGCUUCAUCCAAGCUGCCUGGCGCCGAUAUUCCAAAAGAAAAAUUCUUGAACUUCGGCGGAAGGAAGAAGAAGCAGAAGCAUUAGCUGGAGCCAGCAGGAAUGUUGGUGGAGGUUCUUAUAGCCUUGGUGCCACCUUCUUAGCUUCUAGAUUUGCAGCGAACGCUCUUCGUGGGGUGCACCGGAAUAGGAAUCUCAAGAGUGCAAGAGAACUGGUGAAACUACAAAAGCCCCCGGAACCUGAUUUCUCUGCUGAUGCAGAUUAAUAUGUAAAUUUGAUUAACGUUGACGAAAGAUUCUUUUAGUUUUGUUAAUAUGAUUUCAAAUGUAAAUUAGGUAUUGUGUUAUGUGUAGGUUUCAGUUUGUUAUAUAAGAAUCUAUAGCUGUAAAACUAUAUGCUAUUGCUCAUGAAUCUUUGUUAUAUAUUUGUCCUAAUUUGCAGGUUUGUA